AUGUCUCAGCAAUUGCUGGAUGACGUUUGGAUGUGGUGUAGGCAGGUAGAUGUUGAAGCGCUGGAUGUUGUUUGGAUAUUGGAAAGUGGUCGAAGUCAAGAGGCCAACUCAACGCUUCACAUGCAAGUUCCGAUACUCACAUGCAUGCUUCGUUCACACGUGGGUGUGAGUGUGAGUGUGAGUGUGAAUUUGUGCCAAGUAUUGGGUACAAAUGCUUGCGAUGGCAAUACGUCCCGAGACGAUUCAGCAUUCCAAACGAUCAUCGAAUAA